CCAAAUAUUGUGAAACGAUUCGUUCAAAUUUAGACGAAAGUUCUUAUUUACUAUUUGGAUAACUGUUGUGAAUCUAAUAUUUGAUCAAAAGCUAAAAGGGCUUAGUUGAAUACAGCCAAACUUCAUUUAGAAUUAAUUUACAAUCAAGUAAACGAUCCUUUAAGUGCAAAGAAAGUGGAUAUCUGGUUGUGGUGUGUGCUAAUUAUGUUGACAGAUAUAAGUAGUAUAUAACAUCAAUAGAAAGUGGAAUGUCUGGCAGCAGAAAGUUGAGAAGAUCGAAUAGAAGAGAAUGGGAACAGAGAGUGAUGAGUAUGGAAAUGAAGGAACAACAAAGUCUAAGACAAUUGAUGGACAUUUUGCAAAUGGACUAGUGAACUUAUGGUAUUCACAUUUCACCAAAUAACUAUAAUAUCUUAUACAGGUAUACUUUCAUAUAUAAUCAGGAAAAUGAUCAUAAAUAUGUCAGUGAUUUAAUGUCCAACUAUAAAAAGAAUUAUUCAUCUUUCAAACAAGAAAUCUCAAAUCCAUUUUCGCUGCAGUCAUAUCAGUUUGAAUAGCCAAAACAUAUACAGUACUCUUCAAACAAAUACAUUUAUACUUGUAAAUCAAAAGAAGAGAACUGAACAAUGAAUGAAACUGUUUACGUUACUUUACCUAUCCGAAUUAUUGUUAUAAUUGAAGGAAUAAUUGGUACACUAUUCAACAUGGUUGCGAUAGUUGUUAUUUUUAGAGUGACCAUAGGUUCUAAAUUCACUUUAUUCUUACUAAGAACUCAAUCUUUACUUGACUUCGGUGCAUGUUUCUCAGCAGCAGUUUAUUAUAUAAUUCAAUCCACCAAUAUCUAUAACAAACACACUGGCUUAUACAUUAUCGAUAUCCUGAUAUGUCACUUAUGGUUUCGAAAUGCAUCCUUCUGGUUAUUUUGCAUCAUGAGUGUGCAAAAUCUAGUUUGUAUAUCAUUGGAUCGAGUGAGUUCUGUCCUAUUUCUUGGAUCAUUCAAAAAGUUUACGAAUAGAUUUUUCUUAUUAUACUUUCUUUACAUGCUCAGUAUGCUUUUAAUUUUGUACAUACCAACACCACUUCUUCGUCGUGACACUGAUAGCCGAUGUGUUAUGGAUUUUUCAUUCCCCUGGAUUCAAACAACAGCAUUUCUUAAUUACAUUGUAUACUCCUGGGUUGUGUUCGAGUACUUUGUUCCAGUUUUAGUUAUGUUGAUCAGUCAUGCAUGGGUCAUACAUAUUAUUAAGAAAUCUCAAUCAUCUCGUCAUACUGAUUCAUCACAAAAUUUGGAGUCCAGUUUGCAAAUUAAGCGUACAGUGAUUCAGUUGGUGAUUACAACAGCAAUAAUGUCAUGUCAACAAGCUAUAUUACACUCGUUUGAAUGCAUAAGUCAAAUAUUAAUCAUAUGUGAAGUUGUGGUUUACACUUAUGGUACUCCGAUUGAACAAAUGGGUACAAUACUUAUAUUAUUUGGAUGUUCUUCUAAUCCAUGUAUUCUUAUCUUCAGCACAAGUACACUGAGAAGAUAUUUAUUGUCACUAAUUAAAGGUAAAAGACAAAAAAUGUCCAGUAUUGAAACAUACGGGCAAACAGAAUAUAAUCAGAACUAA